AGUUUGUGUAUCCUUUGCAACCGUGGCUGCUACAGCCACAGUUUAAAUUAAUUUGAGCAUUCGCUCAGUUUUCUGCCGUAUAUUCUAGAAACAGUGUUGAGAGUGUGCAUUAAAAAGGGGCAAGCGAAGCCGUUUCUCGAUCUCCAACGAAAACGGGGAUAGGAUAAUCCAAGGGGCCGCCUGCCGAGGACCCAGGCGAGGGCAAAAAAUCAACCGACAGACAAAGCUGAACUGCGGUCGUCGGCGACAAAGUGCGCUGUGCCCACGGACGACCAGAGAGAAUCGGUACGCGAGUGAGUUUUUUUUUCCGCGUUUCAGUUUGGAUUUCAGUUACCUGCGCGCAACAACUCCGCUGGCCAGCCGUUCGCAGCGUUCCGUAACUGAAGUUUCUGGCCAAGAGUACCCAUAUUCAGUAGCCCCAGCUCCGCGUCCGGCAGGCCGAACUGCGUAAGCGGGCGAAAACGGUGCGUGCAGUGAGAUCCGUGUGGCAGCGUCUUCGGUUGUGUGCUUGUGGGGCACCAGAGUACCAGCUCCGCAGUGCUCGUGUUCGCUAGUGCUCGUGUUUGACCAAAGCUACCAUCCUGGAGAAGCAUAACAAGCGCGCCCAGCUCAUCCGGGACAAGAUGGUGUUGGCGGAGCGCAACACCACGGAUGUGGUGCGCAACGGGCGUCGUUCGCGCGGCCCCAGUCCCAAUACGCACACCACGGGCGGCGUCACCAACAGCGCCAGCCUCGUGGGCAGCGGCAACAACAGCGGCAACUCUGGGAACGCCAAUGCGAACGAGAAGACCACAGCUGUUCCAGGUGCAGGCACGCCGGAGAGCUCCGACGACGACAACUCCACCAAACGGAAUGGCAAGAGCAAGGCCAAGCAGUCUGAGUACGAAGAGAAAAUCCGCGUUGGGCGCGACUACCAGGCGGUUUGUCCGCCGCUCAUUGCGGAGGCGGAGCGCCGCCCGGAACAAAUGAACGAACGCGCCCUCCUCGUCUGGUCGCCCACCAAGGAGAUCCCCGACCUGAAAUUGGAGGAGUACAUCUCGGUGGCCAAGGAAAAGUACGGCUACAACGGCGAACAGGCAUUGGGCAUGCUGUUCUGGCACAAACACGAUCUGGAGCGUGCCGUAAUGGACCUGGCCAACUUCACGCCCUUCCCGGACGAGUGGACCAUCGAGGACAAGGUGCUGUUCGAACAGGCCUUCCAGUUCCACGGGAAGAGCUUCCACCGCAUCCGCCAGAUGCUGCCAGACAAAUCCAUCGCCAGUUUAGUCAAGUACUACUACUCGUGGAAGAAGACGCGUCACCGCAGCAGCGCCAUGGAUCGCCAAGAGAAGGCCAUCAAGGCGGUGGUAAAGGAUGGCUCCGAGAACGGCAGCGAGGUGGGCAGCAACGAGGAGUCUGAUAACGAUGACAAGAAGGGGCAUGGCACCGCUAGCACCACAAAUACCAUCGACGCCACCACGACUUCAACCAACAACACCACCAACUCCAACACCACUUCCCCCGCAAACACCAUUGCCAACACAAUCAACAGCAACCACAGCAGCAGCAGCGGCGGCGGCGGCGGUGGCAACACCAACAACAACGGGGAGGAGAACAUCCAGGUCGUCGGCGGGAGCCACACCAGCAACACGAGCAACAACGACACGGACGCCGAGCAGUUGUCCCUCUUCGCCGGAAACGCCCAGAUCGAGGAGAUGCUGGCACUCGGCCUAACCGCCGAUAGAGACAUCGGCUCCAAUGGCGGCAACAACAACAACGGCGAGAUGGGCGGCGAUCCCGGCCUGAUGCGACGCAUGGUGGUGGGAGGAUUUUGCAAGAUUUGCAACGUGGUCUGCCAUGUGCUGCACGACUCGCCGCUGGGGCGCAUGUGCAAGAGCUGUCACACCCACUGGAGGCGCACGGGCAACCGGCGACCCAUUUCCGGGCCGGAGGGCAAUGCUCCCCGAAGGUCCACACACAAUUGCGCCGCCACUGCCGAUCGGUCCAAGCGCAAACCGCCCAAGGACAUGUACAUCAACCACGACGACCUCACGGCCCUCGCCAGCUGCAGGAAUCCCAGUCUCUAUUUGGCGGAACGCGAGCGGAAGCUUACAGCCCUCAUGGCCGAAAUACAGAAGAAUAGGCAAGUAAUGGAGCAGCUAGACAAGGAGUGCGAAACGAUCAAUGUGGAUGAUGUGCUUUCCAAGCCGGCGGCAGCCAACACCGAAUCUGCCCAGCCACGCAUCUCUGCCCGUUGGCUGCCGGACGAGAUCCAAGUGGCUCUGCUCGCGAUCCGCGAGUACGGAAAAAACUUUCCUAUGAUUGCCAAGUUGGUGGCCACCAAAACGGAGGCGCACGUGCGCACCUUUUACUUAAACAAUCGGCGCCGCUACAAUCUCGACCAGAUCGUUAAGGAGUACGAGGCUGGCAAGUCCGAGGAGUCGGGCGCAGAGGAGCAGACCGAGCCUGCUGUCGACGCAGCCGCGGCUGGCGCAGCAACCGCAUCUGCGCCCAGCGCAGCUGAUUCUACAUCCGCCACGAGCGCGACAGCAGACAGGAAGCAGUCCACCGAAAACAGCAACAACGGAGUUGAGGCCGUGCAGGAAUCGUCGCCCAAGAAGGAGGACCCAAAAAAGCCGGAACUGGCAGCGGCUGUGCCCAAGCUUGGCGCGGCCGAGGCAGUAGAUACCGUGGCCACUGUGGCAUCCAGCACAGCCACUGGCGUCAGCGCUGCCGCCACCUCCGCCAGCAAGCCCAGCACCAGUGCUACAAUCACCAUUAUAGAUGAGUCUGACACGGCCACGAACUCGAGCAGCGACGUUGUCACCACUGGACUUGCCGCAGCCACCGGCUUGUCCGCACUGUCCAGCACAACUAGUGCGCCCGCACCCAAGUCGCAGACCAGCAGCGAGGAGUUGUCCACUCAGAAGUCCAAUCCCGCGAGCGGGACCGCCGCCACAGGAGCUGCAACGGGCGGUGGCCAGACUGCCAACAGCGCCAGCAAGCGGGAUAGCUCUGCAUUGCCCGUCGCCGAGCAGCCGCCGGCCAAGAAAAUCGCGCUCAGCAGCGCAGGCGGAAGCAGCGUCGCAGAGUUCCUGGCCAACUGAGGAGCGACGUGUUCACUGGCGAUAUAUAUGCACGCGUAGAUAUAUACCGAUACAUAACAUAGAUUGAUGUUGGGGGACGACGUCCAAGAACUGUGCAGCCGGCCAUGCGGUUGAUCAUCGGAUUAGUUAUUUUUUUUAUUCUCUUAAUUGUCUUUAAACUUGGGACGCAUUUAUCGUAAAGAAAGCAUCACGGCUUUAUCUAGGCUUGUAGAGAUUAGUUCGUUUGUAUUUGGGGUAACAUUGAGACAGCUCGAUUACACAUAACACACCUCCGAAACCCCGGGGAUCGUACAUACAUAAGCUCUGCAACUCACGUACGUAAUCUUCGACUCCGUUGCACGGAGAAGCAGCUCCGCCGAGCACCGCUGACGCAGGAACCAUGUAUCUUUCACAACAAUGUAUAGGUCAGAGAUAUUUUUAAUGGGUUUGACGGGUAGAUACUGUCCUACGGCGGAUCGGGGCCACGUAGACCACACAAAGCUAAGGAUUAGUGCGCCCCAAAGGGGGAGAAGUCGUCAAAAUUGGCGCAGUUUAUGUAUGUAAAACUAUGAUAAUGAGAGUUGUACGCGUGUAAAUUAAUAACCAAACUCAUCAUUUUUUUUUUCUUGACAUUACCUAGCAUAUAACAAGUAACUGGGGUAGCCCUGCUGCCAUCACAGCUACCCUGCCUAAUACAAUCUGGAAUAUCACCCAUCCGGCCUCACCACUUCGGCACUUCGGCGAGUAGUUUCUGUUAGGCUAGCAGCAUGGCAUGGCUAAUGGUGUGGCCACCACCUGGCCACCAUUGUAUACAAACAAACAAGCAGCGGUAUCCACUUAGGAAAACAGUCUAUAAUGAAAUAGGAGGACGCAUGUUGUGGCAGACGAAACUGAAUCGUACUAAACCGAAACCGAAAGCUAAACCUAAACCCUAGUAUCCUAAGUAUCUACUGGCCUAUGAAACUCGAUUUCCCUGUUCUUAGUAAAAGAGGUCUGAAUAAGAAGUUCGCACAUCUCGGAUUCGGAUUCGACUUGCCUGAGUCGCUGUCCAACGAGUUGUUAACAAUAAAUAUACUAUAAAUAUAA